AGGACACCAAUCUGAGUCUCAGGCUACCUACUGCUCCUACGACUCAGUGCCUCAUUCCUCCACCAAGAAGCACCCCGGAACCUCAGCCUAGGUCUGGGAGCACCACCCCACCUGUUCUCUCCGCAGGGACGUGCCCCUCCCGCGCCCUACAAGGUCCUAGGUCCUGCUUCUGGCAGCCUUCACCCCUCCAACCAGCCUCAGCUCCAGUCUGGAACAGGCAUCAGGAUGAAAGCGGCUCGCUUUGUGAUGCGCAGCGCUGGCUCCCUGGUUCCCCGAGAGGUCGAGCAUUUCUCGCGCUACAGCCCAUCCCCGCUGUCCAUAAAGCAGCUGCUGGACUUCGGUUCAGAAAAUGCAUGUGAAAGAACCUCUUUUGCAUUUUUGCGACAAGAGUUGCCUGUGAGGCUAGCCAAUAUCCUGAAGGAAAUUUAUAUCCUCCCUGAUCGAUUAGUAAAUACCUCUUCAGUGCAAUUAGUUAAGAGCUGGUAUAUCCAGAGCCUGAUGGAGUUGGUAGAAUUCCAUGAGAAAAGCCCAGAGGAUCAGAAAGUAUUAGCAGAUUUUGUAGACACUCUCAUCAAAGUUCGAAAUAGACACCAUAAUGUAGUUCCUACAAUGGCACAAGGAAUCCUGGAGUAUAAAGAUGCCUGUACAGUUGACCCUGUCACCAACCAAAAUCUUCAGUAUUUCUUGGAUCGAUUUUACAUGAACCGUAUUUCUACCCGGAUGCUGAUGAACCAACACAUCCUGAUAUUUAGUGACUUACAGACAGCAAAUCCAAGCCACAUUGGCAGCAUUGACCCAAACUGUGAUGUGGCAGCAGUGGUCCAAGAUGCCUUUGAGUGUUCCAAGAUGCUCUGUAAUCAGUAUUAUUUAACAUCUCCAGAAUUAAAGCUCACACAAGUGAAUGGAAAACUUCCAGGUCAACCAAUUCAUAUUGUGUAUGUUCCAUCUCACCUUCAUCAUAUGCUCUUUGAACUAUUCAAGAAUGCAAUGAGGGCUACAGUCGAACACCAGGAAAACUGGCCUUCUCUGACACCAAUUGAGGUGAUUGUUGUCUUGGGAAAAGAAGAUCUUACAAUUAAGAUUUCAGACAGAGGAGGUGGUGUUCCCCUGAGGAUCAUUGACCGUCUUUUCAGUUACACGUAUUCUACAGCACCAACACCUGUGAUGGAUAAUUCCCGGAAUGCUCCUUUGGCUGGUUUUGGUUACGGCUUGCCAAUUUCUCGUCUCUAUGCCAAGUACUUCCAAGGAGAUCUAAACCUCUACUCUUUGCCAGGAUAUGGAACGGAUGCUAUCAUCUACCUAAAGGCUUUGUCUUCUGAAUCUAUAGAAAAACUCCCAGUCUUUAACAAAUCAGCCUUCAAACAUUACCAGAUGAGCAGUGAGGCUGGUGACUGGUGUAUCCCAAGCAAAGAACCAAAGAACUUGGCGAAGGAAAAAGUGGCUGUGUGAGGAGGGACCCUUGGGACACUUUAAGGGAUCAAAGUGGGUCUAAGCCAACGCUGCUUCCUGAAUGUGUGCGUGUGAAGUCUUGUACUCAAAAACAAACAACAGCAACAAAAACUCCUUGCUCAAAACACAACUUCAAAGAGGAAGAAAGCCCUUUUCUGGGACCCAGGCAAGCGCAGUGCAGGAUGGCAGAAGUCAAUGGCUGGCCAGUUCUUUAUUCUAAUUUUUUUAACUUAGAAUAACUCAGGAGUUUAUCUCAAAUCCCAAAGAAAAAAUAAGCCUCAGUUUUCCACCUUUUUGUCAACAAGAAUGGGAAAGAGUGAGAGGUAAAGAUGUGGGCUAACAGUUUCAACUGAUAUUUUAGGCUGCUGGUUGAUGUCAAAAGAUACUGGUAUUUAUCGAUUAUCAGGUGUCAAAAUACCAGUACUUCCCUGCCAUUCAAAGGAUUAGGGCUUGUUUUAUACCAUAUGAUUAGAAAUGUAUGUAAACAUACAUUUCAUAUAUGUGCACUCUGGAGAUGGAAAGGCCGUGAUUGAAAUAACAUUUACUUUGAAUGAGGAGGAAUGAGUCAAAUUAGUUUUAUUCAGAGUUAUAGCCAAGGCAUGGGCUUAUGUAAAAGCUCAGAAGAAGACUUUGAUAAAUACAGUGCCUUUAUAUGCUGCUUUUCCUGUUCACACCUUAAGUAAUAAGUGAACACAUAUUGCCAUGUGCCUACUCUUGGUUGAAUUUUAAAAUAUGCACUGAAUUCAGGAUGUUGGAGGUGGGAAGGAGAGAAGAACUGUCAAAGUGAGAGCAAAAUCUCACCUUGCUUUGUUAAGAUAGAUAAAACAGAAGUAGAUUGGAAAAACCAGUGUUACAGAAUGAAAUAAUGCAUUCGGAACUGAACUCAGUAGGAAGGGCUAUUCUCUACCCUGCAGUGGUGGUAAUACAAAGGCAUAUAUUUUCUAGGCUUAAAGAGAUGUAUUUUUGAUAACAUGUUUUUAAAUAUAUUCUCUACACUCCACCAUUUUUAACAUGUCGGUUAAAAAAUUUGUAAUUAACAAAUGGCUCAAGAACAUUAGAAUUUUAAUACUUCUUGGAGUCUUUUAAACAAAUAGCCUGGGAGUAAGGUUUUUAUGCCACUGAGGCUUUCAUUUAUGAAUCACUGAGAUUGAGAGCUAAUGCAUGAAAGCUGAAAUGCAUACGGAACUUUUGGGGAGUUCAGGAAUAAUGAGCAGGUUGACAGAGCAGUCUAGCACAUUCCUCUUGGAGAAGGAAUAAAAAAAUGAAAUAGAAAAUGAAGGAAGGGAAGGAAGGACAGAGGGAAGCAGAAGGCAAGAAUCUUGCUAUAUUCCCCACAAAUUAUUGCAAGAAAUGAUCCAUAUUUUCAUGGGUAAAUUAUUGGCAAGAGGAUGAAUUGGUAUGGCUUCUUUAAAUAGUUCUCUCACUCUUGCAAAAGAAUAGGCUUUUAUGAGAUAAACUUUUCUCUGUCAAAUUGAUGUUUUAAACUGGGAUAUAGAAAAUAGCAUUUUCUUGUUAAUGAAAUAACCAGUAGUGUCUAUAUGUUGAACUUAACAUUUGUAUUUAAUUUUCUCAUAGCCUAUUGUUGUGGUGCUGCUGGUAGCAGUCAUAGAACUGUCAAACUAUCUGUUGUGGAUUUCAGAUUUUAUCAUCAGAUGUCCUGGAAGUGACUUUUUUUUUUAAUUGUCAGACUCUGGCUUAUGCAUUUAUUGAUUACACAAAACCAUUUGCAAUAGGUUAUUUGACUUUUCACUUUUUACUGAAAUUUAAACAUUUUUUGCAUGUAAAUUUUGAAGGCAUAUGUACCAAAGAUUUAAAGCAGUUGAUUAAUAUCUAAACCAAACACUGUGAACUAUCUUUAAAACACUAGAGAAAAAGAAAUGUUGGUUAUCUCAAUAACGUCAACUGUGUAAAUGGAGUUCUAUAAGAUAGAAAUAGUCCAUGUUGGUAUGUGUGAAAGCAAAGGAAGAGUUUUAGGAUUCUAGUGGAUGGAAACUGACUGUUCAGGCCCACUUGUAUUAUUAAUGUAUAAAUUGUGUUUUUAUGUCUAGGCUAUGUACAGAGAAAUGUGAUAAUUUUUAUAAUAAAUAUUUUUAUAUUUA